AUGCCUGCUGACUCCGAGAGUACUAAAGUGUCAAAUUCAUUCUACUGGGAAGAAUCGACAGUGACUGUUGAUGGUGCUUCCGAGGAUUUACUUCUAUUCCGAAAACAUUGUGAAGCACUACGCGAAGCAAUUCAGAACACCUGGAUCCAGAAACAGGCAGGUGAAAAGUCGGUGGAAUCAGUGAGUCAGGAGAUUGCUCAAAAAAGAAAAUAUCUUGCCAGUUUCGCUCCCAAACUGAAGGAGUUGGUCGACAACACAUUAGUAAUUCAAAAACUGAUGGAUCUACCGUUCUCCAAGGAGGAGGAUCAGCAUCAUAUGGCUUUCCUACUGCCCACCCCAUUGUACAUUCUGUACGCGCAUCUCAAAUCCUAUUUAUGCACAAUGAGUAAGUUGAUUAUACUGAUUGCAACUCUCGAUUAUCACAAAGCGGAUGCGAAAUUUAGGCUCGUUUAUCCCCAAGCUACAGUAUACUACAUUGUACUCUAUCAUUCUUUACAUAACACGGGUUGUGAUGAAGCACUUCAACUUGUCAGCAAAGUUAGACUCAGGGAAUUGAGUUCUGCGCCUUUGAUAACCGCCUUCGUGGUGGACAAUUUCGCGUUCAUCAGGCUCAAUAAUACGUAUGACCUACUGGGAUCUUGUGUAGUCCUUGUCUUUUGGUCCCGGGAUGUGGGUUGUUGGUUUCUUUCAAUUUGA